AUGGAUGGCCUUUUCCUGGCAAUAUGGAAUGUACCUGCACCGCUGAAUAACUCUGCAAUGCAACUCCUCACAGCGUUCUGGUUUGUUCAUAUUCUACAGAUUUUGCACUUCUGCUGCGUUUCUCCUGAAAACCCGGGGUCUGCACAAAACCCUGAGAACACUGGAAUAAGCGAUGACUAUAUCUUGGUGACACCUGUUAAAGUUGAUCCGGGUGGAAGUUCUGUGCAGAGUAACAGAGACAAACGCUCAGCGCCUGUGGAUUCCCUACAUUACAAACUCUCCUUCUCUGACCAGGAGCUGCACCUCGACUUAAGAGCCUCGAACGUGCUGGCGAAAGGUUUCACCGUGCACCUGCUGGGCCCCGAGGGUCUCACCGAGAAACUCCUCCCGGAGUCUCAAGCGAACUGCUUCUACCAGGGACACAUCAGGAACGACAGUGCUUCGUCUGUGGCCGUGUCUACAUGCCAGGGUUUGUCAGGUUUAAUACGGAGCCAAGAAAAUGAAUACCUUAUAACUCCAUUACCUCAUCACCUGGCACUGAGACACAACGACACCUCCUCUGCUGGUAAUCGCCCUCAUGCACUCUUCAAGCGAUCGGUGGAGCACAGAAUGCAACAGUGGCCAGUGAGUAGCAGACAUCACCACCAGCACCAUCUCCGCUCUUAUCCCCAACUACAAAAGCAUCAGCAGCACAAGAGAGAUCAGAAGCAACACUACUGUGGGCGACGAAAGAAAUAUAUGCCUCAACCUCCAGUCGAAGAUAUCCACCUCUUGUCUGAUGAAUACAGUUCCAGAGGCAGACUGAAACGCACAGCCCUCGAUUCCCAGAAAUCCGGGGGGCUCACUGUUGAAACGCUGGUGGUGGCAGACAAGAAGAUGCUGGAGAAACACGGCAGAGACAAUAUCACAACCUAUAUCCUCACUGUUAUGAACAUGGUAUCCAGUCUUUUCAAAGAUGGCACCAUUGGAAGUGACAUAAAGAUUGUGGUAGUGAGCCUGCUACUUCUGGAGCAGGAUCCACCUGGGUUAGUGAUCAACCACCAUGCAGACCAAUCAUUGAAUAGCUUCUGUCAAUGGCAGUCUGGCCUGAUGGAAAAGAAUGGAAAGCGACAUGAUCAUGCGGUAUUACUGACUGGACUGGACAUUUGCUCCUGGAAGAAUGAACCCUGUGAUACAUUGGGUUUUGCUCCAAUUAGUGGAAUGUGCAGCAAGUACCGAAGCUGUACCAUCAAUGAAGACACAGGCCUUGGCCUAGCUUUUACCAUUGCUCAUGAAUCUGGACAUAAUUUUGGCAUGAUUCAUGAUGGAGAAGGGAACCCAUGUCGGAAGACGGAAGGUAAUAUCAUGUCACCAACCCUGGCUGGGAACAAUGGCAUAUUCUCAUGGUCGGCAUGCAGUAGACAGUAUCUCAGCAGGUUCCUCAGUACGGCUCAGGCCUCCUGUCUGAUUGAUGAACCAAAUCAACUGCAUGAGUACCAAUAUCCCACAGGGCUGCCAGGGGAGCUAUAUGAUGCUGACACCCAGUGCAAGUGGCAGUUCGGAACUAAAGCCAAGUUGUGCUCCCUCGACUUUGUGAAGGAUAUUUGCAAAGCCCUUUGGUGCCAUAAGAGUGGGCACAGAUGUGAAACGAAGUUUAUGCCAGCUGCAGAGGGUACAGUUUGUGGACCCAACAAGUGGUGUCGGCGAGGUCAGUGCUUGAAGUACGGAGAUGAAGGCCCCAAGCCCAUUAACGGUCAGUGGUCCAACUGGUCAGAGUGGUCAGAAUGCUCCCGGACCUGCGAUGGUGGAGUUAACUACAGGGAGAGACACUGCAACAGCCCAAAGCCUCAGUAUGGGGGAAAGUUCUGCCAUGGCUCCAGCCGGCUGUAUCAGAUGUGCAACGUACAGGCCUGUCAACACAACGGCAUCCUGUUUCGAGACCAGCAAUGUGCUGAGUACAACAGCAAGCCCUUCAGGGGCUGGUACUACAAGUGGAAGCCCUACACAAAGGUCAAUGAUGAAGAUAUUUGCAAGUUGUAUUGCAUAGCUGAAGAUUUUGACUUCUUCUUUGCCAUGUCUAACAAAGUGAAAGAUGGAACUCGCUGUGUGGAGAACAAAUUCGAUGUAUGCAUUGAUGGCAUUUGUGAGGCAGUGGGAUGUGACCAUGUUCUAGGCUCAAAGGCUGUCGUGGAUGCUUGUGGAGUAUGCAACGGAGAUAAUUCAACCUGCAAGUUCUUCAGAGGACAGUACCAUCAACAGCACCGGGCAAAUGAGUACUACGUUGUUGUCACGGUACCAGCUGGGGCUCGGAGCAUUCAUGUGCAGGAGCUGGAGAUCUCAACAAGCUAUUUGGCGGUGCGCAGCCUGCAGGGCAAAUACCACCUAACAGGGGACUGGACAGUCGACUGGCCAGGGCAAUUCAACUUUGGGGGAGCUGUGUUCCACUACCAGCGGUCGUUCAACACACCAGAGAGCCUGUACUCGGCAGGCCCGACUAAUGAGACACUCGCCUUUGAAAUCCUUUUACAAGGCAAAAAUCCAGGUAUUGCCUGGGAGUACACAUUGCCAAUCGCUGCUAAUGAAAGCAAGACCACUGUUCGGAAACACAACUACACCUGGGUGGUCGUGCGAUCAGGUUGCUCAGCAUCAUGUGCAGGAGGAAAAAUGGUGUCCACUGCAUAUUGUCUACAGGACCACUUAAUUCAAGUCAACUCCACCUUGUGCCACGCACAGACAAGACCAGUCACAGGAUCAAUCACCUGCAAUACCCAGCCGUGCCCUGCAAGUUGGUCAGCUGGCAAGUGGAAUGAAUGCAGCAGGUCGUGCGGAGGAGGGAAGCAGACGCGACAGAUCCAGUGUUUCCGCAAAGUCGCUUUCCAACGGGAUGAAGCAGUCCCAAACUCCAUGUGUCCCCUGGGGACACCUGCCCAGAUACAACCCUGCAACAUCCACGACUGCCCGGCUGAGUGGAGUAUGGGAGCAUGGACACAGUGUUCCAAGACAUGUGGCAGAGGGAUGAGGAAACGAAUCAUCUACUGUAGAAGCACAAACCCCACGUCAAAGCCUCAUGCUGUACCAGAGAGUCUAUGCAAUCAGGAAGUGAAGCCGAAGAGUCAGGAGAUCUGUGUGCUCCGACGCUGCCCAAAGAACGACAGACUGCGAUGGAUCACCUCACCUUGGACCAAGUGCUCGGUAUCCUGUGGUCUUGGCCUACAAAAGCGAGAGCUGAGGUGCAGUGAGAAAACCCAGUCAGGAAAACACAUCGAGUUUCCUCAGAGACGAUGUCGUCACUUGCCCAAAGCCAAUGUCGAGCUUGAGCGUGUAUGUAACCUAGGAGACUGCCCAAAACGUUCCAUGGAUCAAAUACCCAACCAUGCUGGAUCAGCUUGGUAUGCAUCACCAUGGCAACAGUGCACAGUAACAUGCGGGGGAGGAGUCCAGAUGCGUACGGUGCAUUGCCUGAGGCAGGGGCGGCCUGCAGUGGGAUGUCUAGCACAUCAGAAGCCAGCAGUGUCAAGAGCUUGUAAUACCAGCUUCUGUCCAUCUCCCAGGAAAGAUCUCAAGUGCGUUGACUUCUUCAGCUGGUGUCACCUGGUCCCACAACAUGGCGUCUGCGGUCACAGGUUCUACGGCAAACAGUGCUGCAAAUCCUGCAGCAAAACUAAUCGAUAG